AUGGCGGACAAACCGACAGACCCGAUCAUGCCCCAAGCCGUCGCAGACCGACAACCUGUGGGCGAUAAUAUGUCUCUGCGCGACAUACAAAGAUCGAUGAAGAAGGAUCCAGACGGACAUGGCAUAAGUGCAUUGGGCUACGAUGGUGUGCUUCGUACCUUUGACAACGAACGGAAUGUUCUUGAUGCAGUUGGCCUCAACCCAGCCCAGAUCAGAGAUUAUUACGAUGGUCUGCCGAUGCCCGAGAGAUUGCUCACCGCCGACGGCCGUAACAUAUCCCGUAGGGCCAUUUGUAACGACGUCAUGGCAAUGAAGCCACCCCUGGCUGAAAUCCUACGCCGUGGUCACUUGAGAGCAGAUGUCAAAACGCACCUCUUCACCUUUAAGAUCUGGUAUUGCCGAUACGAGCUCGUCAAGGAAUAUUUUGAUCAACAGAAGCAGGGGCUCCCGCUUGAUCUGCUUGAGCAAAGACAUGAUAUCAGCGAUGAGAACUAA